GCCUCUUCUCCGCUGUCUCUAUCUCCUUUAGACCCGCAAAUCCCACAACCGUCAAAAUGGCCGACUUUUCGAACAUCGCUCAGCAGUUUGUGCAGUUCUACUACAAUACUUUCGACAGCAACCGUGAGCAGCUGGCCGGUCUCUACCGCAAUGAGUCCAUGCUCACCUUCGAGACCUCUUCCCACCUGGGUGUCCAGCCCAUCAUGGAGAAGUUGCUGAGCCUUGCCUUCCAGAAGGUCCAGCACCAGAUCUCCACUCUGGAUGCUCAGCCCUCCAUUGAGAACAGCAUUAUUGUCAUGGUCACCGGUGCUCUUCUGAUCGACGAGGAGCAGCGCCCCAUGAACUACACCCAGACCUUCACUCUCAAGCCCGAUGGUGCUGGCAGCUACUUCGUCUUCAACGACAUCUUCCGCCUGAUCCUGGGUUAAAUGCAUUGUGACGGAUACUGAGGUUUAGUGUGAUGAAGGAGCGAUGAUUGGUUGGGCCGAUGGGCCUAGAGUAGGCAGUUUGUGAGAUGAAGAUAAUGAAUUCAAGAGGAUUGACAUGCUUUUGGUUGUUGUCGUCUGUCGUUUACCCCAUUUUCUGUGAGAGACUUUCUUUUUCUUUCUCUUGCUCUAUAUAUACAUAUUUCUCUUGCUUCAAUUUAGUCUGAUCCCUGUCGUGGAUUUGAGCCGUCAUUUACCCCUGGAUUAGAGAAAACAUCUAUCUUGCUACUCCAUUUUCUUAGUCUUGGGCCAAGUGGAUGUGUCUGUUUUGAAUAGCUGCUCCAGC